UUUAAGGUCUUUAUAUUAAAGUUUCAGUCAUAUUCAAAAUUUCGCGGUUUAAGAAGGAUAGUAUCGAUAAAGUAGAGUCACGAUACUUGCCAGUAACUAAAUGACACACUUCAUUUUAUAGUGAAAAAGCAAAAUGGCUACCUUAAGUAGACUUCUGCUUGCAACUAAUCAAAAAUUAUUUUAUACAAACGGAUUAUCGGAGAAAUUAUUAACAAAAAACUAUAAUCAUGUGUUUAAAAACCUAGAAUCAAUGAGAUGCAUGUCAGAACAUCAUUCAAUGGAUAUAGCUCCAAGUCGAUGGCAAUGGCAUAAAACUAAAGAUUGGAUGCACUUUUAUUUUUUUGUGGACCCCUGUUGUAAGAUUUUUUUCAAGAUACUUUUAUCCAAAUAUACAGAUGGAAUAUGAAAAGUUACUUCAUAAGACACAUGUUGCUAAUGUUAAGAGACAAUUGCUUGGCCUGGAAAGACAGAUAGAACAGUUAAUGAAGGAACAUCACGACUAUAGAUAUUGGUCCUAUGUUCGUAGUAAUGAAUAUAAUUUAAUAGAAUUACGGAAAUUUAUAGAUGAGAAAAUUCGUAUCUAUUUUCAUAAUGGAUCUAUUAGGAUGAAAUCAUUAUCCAGACAGACUACAAACAUUGGAUCUAAUAAAAUGGUUGUAUUGGACGUAGGAUCACAAAGGAUUAAAUGGCAAGUUGAAAAAUAGUUUAAUGAAAAAUUCCAUUUAAUAGUAUAAUUUGUACACUGUGAUAAAUAAAUAUUACUUGAAAUAAUAAGGUGCGGAUUAAAUACAUUCAUUAAAUAAUUAUCGUAAUACAAUAGGCUUAAACGCCAGUAGAAGAAUCUAAAUUUCUCGAUAUGUCAGUUUUUAGGAUUUCGUAUGAGGAGUCCCAGAUUUUGUUAUAUUGAUAUUAUUUUCUUGUAUCAUUUUAUCCUAUCCUAGUUCUCAUAUCUUGUGGGAAUAAAAAUUAAAAAUUACAGUAUAAAAAUAUUUUCCUUUCAUUUCAAUAUUUUUUCUUUAGUAAAAGAAAUUAACGCCUUGAAAACAAAUAAUUCCUUUCUUUCAUUUCAAUAUUGGGAUUCAAAUUGCAAGUACAAGAGGAUUAAUUAACAUAUAAAUUAAGGUUUUUAUUUGAAAAAUUAUAUUGCUGUUUAAAUAGUUUUCAAAGUCAAUCUAUAUACAUGAAAGGCUCAGAGCCAGUGUAUUUUUCAUUGAAAGUGAUUUGUGCGAUACAAAGAUCCAAGGGACAGUUUCAUUAUAAUAUCAUGAUUAUAUUAUAUUAACUAAACGUCGACUGAUAAUUUUAAUAGCAAAACUAUAUUUGCAAGGCAUAAAUUAUUCUUAACGAAAGAUGAUUUACAAAUUGAAUUCUGGGCUCUCCACAUAAUGAAUACAUAUAAUUACACUAUCAAGUUUCAUAUAACAUCACCAUGAGAUAAUUGAAAUCCAAAGUUAUUAGAUACUUGUACAAAAUAAUAUGUUAAAUAAUAAUAUAGUUAAUAAAUAAUAUGGUUUCUCAAUCUUUUACAAUUGUUCUUACUAUGAAGAUCAUUUAUAUAUUGACAUUUUUGUUAUCUGAAUAGAUAUCACUCCUCCCGAUUGUACAUGUACAUGUUAUUAGCACAUCAUGGAAAUUAAUGUAAUGAACAUCGCGUUAGUGAAGUGAAAAAUUAUAGUUGUUUAUUUUUCAGGAACAUUCUUUCUCCUAAGUAGUGUUAAGAAGUCCAGAGGUGGAUCAGUAGUCACAAAUAACAGACCAUUAUUCAAGUUAAUGAUACAGUCCUACGUACGGCGGUACCAACGCAACUCAUAGUUAGUGGUCAUUGUCAAGGCUAGAUCGCGAUAUCUUGCAUAAUGCUUCGGCGUUCUCUUCUACGAUAAUAGGAAGACGGGUCGCGGAGGACUUUGUAUGUGCAUAUGCAAUUUCUGCGACUCGUCGUCGCUUCCAGCUACUUCCUCACGCGAAUCGAUCUACAAUUAUUCUCGCGAGUCAUUUUCUUUUUCUCCCCCAUGUCAAUUACCCGCGCAUCACGUGAAACUCAAUUGUCUCAUGUUAUGUAAUUACUUCUACGUUCAAUCCCGACCUGCUCUUCAUGUUGAAUCCUAUAAAAUUUCCGCAAAACACAUACACACAUAUAUACGAAUCUCGUUUAGCGUUAUGUGAAUGUGAUAUAUUUUAAAUUACGAUUGCUCAACAUUCUUUUACUAAAUAUGAAUAUGUUUACCUCUUACGAGCAAAAAAUAUUAAAAGCGAAGUAAUCUGACUCAUUUAAUCAUUUUUGUUCAUUAUGCAUCAAAAAAAAAAGCAAAAUACUGCUGAUAAUUCGUCAUGCUUUAAUUGUCUUUUUAUUGAUUCAUGGCAAGCAAGUACAUAAUUAUAUAUUAUACACAAUGCACGAUUAUUAUAUUAUAUUUGCAAUUAUGCGAUGCAACCCAUCAAGUUUCGUAUAUUUUAGGCCCUGCAGGAAAAUAUAUUAUGAACAACUCUGUGAAAAGAUUAUUUCAGCUUGAAAAGAAUGUAUUAUGCAAGAAUUAAUAAACAACAAACAACAAAAUAACGUAGAAACAAAAUAACGUACACGUAUUACUAAUUGUAACAAGUACAACUGAAUAGUAGAAUAAAUUUUUUUUUUGAAAAAUGAAGGUUGCGUCACAGUGUAAUUAACAUAAUUGAGCGUAAUUAACGUAUAACGUAAGUAUAUACAAUAUAAAAAUAUAAAAAAUCUGAUUCGUAAUCAAAUCACAAAGAAAGUUAUUCAGCAUGACUCAAAUAAACUUAACUUUAUCCUAUUUUAGUAGAAAAAUCAAAAGCAGCAGACCAUCCUUUGAAAAUUCCAUCAUCAACCAUACUUCCUUCUACCUUAAUAAAUUUAAUCUGGAAUAAUAUGGAUACCACCAAUGUUGCAUUUCCACAACUCAUAUCAAUUACUCUUUAAUAAAAUAUCACACAUAAGGAUGUAAAUGUAAGUACCUUGUUUUUAUUAAAAUCAAAUUUCGUCUCGUGCAUUAUUGAUCAUAAGACAUCCUGA